AUGGCAGUCAAGUCAUCAUCGCCAGAACCCAACGCAAUACCUGCAACGCCGAUCAAGCAGGCACGAUCCAGGAAAGCCGCUACACCAAGCCAAUCUGAACAGGGAAGAGCGGGGUCAGCAGGAGGAGUGGUUUUACCAAAAGAUUCCUCAGCAAAGGUUUCAGCAUCAUCAUCCAAAAAGGCUGUAGUUGCACCAAGUACCGAUGAGGUUACCGCAGCCGCGUCGAAGACACAGAAAAAGAAACCCAGGAAGUUGAACAAGGAGCCUACUUCGGCACCUGCAGAUACUGCAAAGUCUGCGGCCACAAACAAAUCAGAUGUACCAUCAUCCUCUGAACUCGAAGCACUGAAAUCUCGGGUGAGAGGGUUAGAAGCCAAAGUUGAAGAGCUCUACAAAGCAGGUGCUAUUCCUGACUCUCGACCAGGCCGCUCUCCUCGCCGACGGGGUAAAGGCCGAAAAGCUUCAUCCUCAGCACAGGUACCUACGCUCAAUACCACAGUCAACGACGGGAACGCUAGGGUUCAGGAACUCGAUGAUGAUGACGAAGAGGAAGAAGCAGACGAAGAACUUGUGCGCCUUGAGGGUGAACUGGAGGUAGCAAGACAGGAUCUGGAACACUAUCAUCCGUCUACAAGAGGAGGAAGGAGUGGAGGAGCAGAGUACGUCGAGGAAAUCAAUAGGGGCUCCUCAGGAAUGAGUGCUGGUACAGACAGACAAGUCACCCUAUCAGGAAGCUACCGUAUUCCCAUCCCUGCGAACGUCAAUCUCGAAGACGUAAAAACCAUCAAAUCAGGUGUUUCCGCUGCGCAGAAUGUUGCGAGGUCUUUUCUGGAACAACGACGCGCUGCUGCUGCCCUGCGUGCUGAAAACAAUGCUUCAUCAUCGCCGCAAUCCAAUGCCAAGACUACAAAAGUUCCUGCUUCCAAAAUGUCUUCUGGCGCUACACCGAAGCCGAAGAGGAGUAUGAGUUCAAGCAUGGAGGUUGCUGUUGAUAACAGCGAUGGAAAGCAGAGCUGGUCUGAGUGGAUUGGUGGAUAUAGCAUGGCCAUCACAAGGGCGGUUAGCAAGAUUGAGCAUGAGGCUGCUGUAGAAGCACAGCGGAGUGGUGGAAGUGGGAGCGGAAGUGCAAGGCCAGCGGCAGGUGGGCGGAGGACGAGUGCGCCUAUGUCUAAGCGAGCGGCUGGGAAAAGACCUGCUGCUAAAGCCACGCUAAGCAGCGAACAGGUUCAUGGUCUGAUGAGUUAA